UUCAAAACAAACACAAUCUAAUCAGUAAAAUUUUUUGAUUUUUAAAAAUUUUUUUAAAUUAUUAAUUUAUAUGCAUGCAGUUGAAUUGAUGCAUGUUAAUUAUUCAUUUUAUCGAAUAAAAAUUGAAAUACAUUAGUAAAAGUGGUAAUAUAAAUGUGAAUUCCCACAACUGAUCAUUUCUCAGGACCAUUCGCUGAUUUCCGAGGGAAUAAUCCGAGGUAUUCGUGAAUUCUGACGUGUUAUUAAGAAUUACAAAAGUUACUUUUAAUUAACUCGUAUUUUCAUCAGCCAACGAAUGUGACAAAAAAAUCGUACAUGGAGAAAACGGUGAAAAACUCGACCGAACCGAAGCCUGGAUCAAACCUAAAACGACCUCGAAGACCCGAACAAUGGAAACAAAACCGUUUAAAAUCGUCGCGAGUCAGCGGAGAAUCCUACGAGGCGAGAAACGGGACCAUCGUUGGCGAGAAACGAUUCCGAGCCAUCGAUAAAUGCUGCAAUUUCGAAUGCGCCAAAAAAGUAGACACGUCUAGCCAGCAGUAUUUAUUCGAAGACUUCUGGAAACGUGGUAAAAGCAAACAAAUCCAAGAUCUCAAUUUAGCCUCGUGUCUGAGGUGGACAGCUGUAAAACGACGACGAACUAACGCGAUCAACAGAAAUCGUCAAAACCAGUGGCAGUAUUUUAUUCGUCUAGGAGCCGCCGAUGUGCGUGUUUGUCGCAAAUUCGUCGCAAAUUUAUACCAAGUCAGUGAGAAAAGACUUCGCAUUAUACAACUGAAAAUUACCAGAGGCGAAACUUCGUUUCAAGAGAAUAGAGGUCGUCAUACGAAUCGACCCCAUCGAACACCUGAAAAUGCAUUGCUUUUGAUGAAAGAACACUUCACUUCAGCAUCUCAGAGCGAUUCGUUCUACAUUACUUCUAAAAAAGGCGGGUCGAGGCUCGACUAUCAAAAGCUUUACGAUUCGUUUAGUCAGUAUUACGAAGGAAGGACUCAAACAGCGUUAUCAAUAUCGAGCAGAAUGUAUAAAACUUUGUUUCGUAAAAAUACCGAAUUCAUGCUCUCUCCAAAUACUGCCAACGUUUAUCUGAGCGACGAAUCCGUCGAAGUUGUGGCGUUGCCGAUGGAUGAUUCGCUGAUAUUUAAUGGUGGAUUAAACGACGGAGUAAGUGCUAAUGGAUUGCUGGAUGGAAACCAUCCCCAUCAACAGUCAUCGUUAUUUGCUCAUAGAUCGUUUGAUGAAAGCUGCAAUGAUCAACAGACGUCUUUACUCGAUGAUAGUCAUCAAUUAGCUUUACUCAGUGAUGGAUCGCUCCAUGAAAGACACCUUAAUCAACAUCCAUCAUUACUCGCUGAAGUAUUGCAGAAUGGGAGCAACAGAUCGUCAGGUGCUGAUAGAUCGCUAGAUCAAAAUUACUAUUAUCAACAACAACCCUCGUCAUCCGUUGCUGCUGUCGAAUAUCCUCCACUUGAAGAAACUAGCGAUCAUCAUAACCCAUCGUUAGCUGCGGAUGAAAGGUGGGAUCCUCUCAAAGCUCACGAAAAUGGUUGCUCAACAUUACUUCAAAAUGGAUUACCUGAUUCAGGCGAAAUCAACGACGAAAAUACCCCUACCGAGGUACAAUUUCAACCGAUGAACAGUUGCUGCGUUCAGAAAUGUUACCAGAAAUUCGAAGCGUCUAGUCAGAAAUAUCUGUUCGCCGAAUACCGCAACCUUGGAAAAAGUAAACAGAUCCAAGAUUUAUACUUAGCAUCGUGCCUUAAAAAGAUAGAUGUCAAGACCCACCUGACGGAUGCGAAGAAACUACAACGCCAAAGGUGGCAUGUUUUCCUUAAAGUCGGAUCUGUCAAUGUACGAGUAUGUCUAUCGUUUUUGAAAAAUCUAUACCAAGUCUCGGAUAAAAGGAUACGAGUAAUACAAAGCAGAAUAUUACGAGGUGACACUUCUUUCUUAGAGACGAGAGGUCGUGGCAAAAAAAAUCCACGAAGUUUACCACCAAAAGUAGUUCCUCUGAUGAAAGACCAUCUUUCGUCGAUACCUCAUUACGAAUCGAGUUCUCCUGCUCGAUGUAAAUACUUCGAAAACCCGGAUCUCAACCUGAAAAGGAUUUACAAAGCGUUCUGCGAAUAUUACAAAGAAAAUACCGGUAAUACUUUAACACUGAAAUUCGCCAAGUACUCGGAACUCUUUCACAUCCAUUCGGAGAUCAAAUUAUCACCACCUGAUGCCAACUACUGUGAUACAUGCGCUUCUUUUAAAUCUUCAGUUUCAUUAAUGGAAAAUGUACCGACUGCCCAGAUGGCUCACGAAGAUUUCCGCAACAUGCAUAUCGAAUUGAGGAACCGUCUUUUGACAGAAGCUAAAAAAGGUGAAAUCUUGAUGAUCGAAUUCGAUUACAUUCCGAAUAUCUGCGUUCCUCGGUUAAACUCGACUCAAGAAAUAUACCAGCAAUUGACUUGGGUCCACGGAUUUAAUGUCCACAAUCACUGCGACGAUUCCUCCUACAUGUAUUUGUUUCCCGAAAGCAAAGCUGUCAAGAACGCCGACUCCGUUAUAAGUUUUAUAUAUGCUACGAUUCAGCCUAUUUUGGAAUCACAGCACAGCUAUCGAAGAGUCGUAUUGUUAUCCAACGAUUGCGACGGUCAAAACAAACACAUGUCCGUGGUGCAAUUCUGUACGUGGAUGUCUGUCAUUCAUCAAAUACCAUUUCAACAAAUUUUCCCCGUUGAAGGCCACUCGUCGAACAUUUGUAGCCAGAAUUACGACUUGUUUCGUCUAAAGAAUCAAAAAAGAACGAGACUGAUCGACGUGAAACCUAUUUUGGAAGACAUGGUGUCUGCUAGAACGCAUCCUUCGCCAUUUCUCGUUUCUUACGACUUGGCGAUAAUGGAUCGUUGGACGGAAGCGUUUACCGGCUACUUCUCGGCACAACCGAAAAACGACAAUCGGCGGAAGUUUUUUAUACAGAGUUACAUGCAAUUGAAGUACAUCGGCGGUAAAGUUUACGGAAAUACGACUUAUUACGAUAAUUCGGAGUUGUGGGUAGAAUUUACCUAUAUUCUGAAGCACAUCGAUAUUAGAAAUAUCACCUUGCGAUCGUCUAUUCCUCCUGGAGUUGAUCCCGCCAAAAGAAAAAACGUGUUUUCCCUUUUUUGCUUUUUGACCAGCGAGGAGAUCAUCAAAUUUCAAGAAUCGUUCAGCGUGUAGCUUUGAAAAAAUGGAUGUUUUAUUUUAAUUUCGACUUAGUUCUGUUCGUGAUAUUAUUACUCUGAGAUAUAUUUACUCGUGAAUUUUAAAUACUUACAAUGCACGAGCUUUUUGUUUUGUAUUCCUGUUGUUUGUUUAAUGAUUUACAUAUAAAUUUUCUACUU